AUGAGUCGCAACACCAAUUACACCAUCCCCAGCGAUGUGCCGUCUGAUGCCAACCUCGUGCUCACUCUCAUCGCCUCGUAUGAUGCCACAUUCGAUCGUCGCAUGCGGUGGAAUUCCCAGGGUUGGGACGACCCGGCCGUGGAUUUGAACGUGAUGUCUGGGGAGCUUCGAAUUUCCCGCACGGGUAACUACGUCGUUGUGAUCACCAAGGACUGCGCCAACAUGGAACAGACGCGGGCGGUGGGCGUGGCACUUGGACAACCACUGGCGAUGCCGUUGAAGGUGGGGACUCAAUUGGUGGCCAUGAAGACCCAAGCGAAUACAGUCAAGGCAGCGAACCGUGAGACCAAGCUGUUGUUGUUCCGGCUGGGGUCGUCGGAUUAG